GACAUAUUAUCAAAAAACAUAUACGAAGCAAAGCGUUUUGCUUUUGAUUUACUUUUGAUUAUCAAUUAUCGUUUAAUACAUAAAAGAAUACGUGCAGGUAUUAUAAACUACAAUCAGAUGUUUUCGCUGUUCAAGAAAAUGUCUGAAAGCUCUCAAGACUUCUUGUGUUGGGGUUUGAAAAACAGAUCGGAUGUAGUGAACAUAUCGGUGCUGGACUUGGACCAGUUGCAGAUCACUGAAAACUCAGACGGGUAUAUCCACUUCAAUUACUCCACUGAUUCGAACGCCUGUCUGCAGCUGAAGCCCAGUGACCACACCAUGUUGGAUGUGAAUGGAAACUACUCCGUCCCUCUUUUCCCCUCCAGACAUCUGGUGUCAGACUCAAUCGCAAUCAGGAGCUUCUGGACUGGUUACGCCGGUCUUUCGUUCUACAUCACAAAUGGCUACUGUGACGAUGACCUACCUCCGGGGCUGACUGGGGAGGAGGAGUAUGAUGAGCACCCCUCCCUGUUCUACCACCUCUCUCCUCCAGACAACGACACCUACUCUGUGUCGAGGCAGGUGAUGAUACUUCCCUACGAUGGAAUCGCACAGCAGAUGUUCUUCUACAUGACCAUCGCCAUGGUGCUGCUGAACAUGUUUGUGAUGGGGCUGGAAAACCACCCGAAGAUGUGGAGGAGGGACUGGAAGAAGUGUCGCCAGAGAAUGCUGCCAGUCCUCCUCCGAUUCAUCGUGAACCCACUGAUUGCGUUUGGACUGAGCGUGGUGUUCGCGUUCGACAGCAGAGACACUGUGACAGCUGUGAUGACCAGUGUACUGCCAGGGUGUGGGUUCAGUCGCCUCAUGGCCUACCUGUUCGGGGGCAACAAGAACCUCAGUUACACCCAGGGACUAUACUCCCUCAUCAUGGCCGCAUUUGCGAUUCCUCUGGUGCUGCUGCUGUUCCAUCUGUGUUACCAUGUCUUCUCCCUCCCCUUCCUCUCCCCCGAAGAUGACCCUCUCCUCAACACCAAGAUAGAGUUCGCCCUCGGGUUCUUAGUGAUAUCCACUCCUGUACUACCUGGCAUAGCACUCAGAUACAUCUCUUCGAAGUACAAGUCCAUCCCCUCAGUGAUUGGUCCGAAGAUGGGCGACUUCUUGAAGCCCCUGGCCCUGUCGCUGUCUCUCUGUGUGUUAGCAUUCGGACUCUACACGCACAUGUUUGUCUUCUUCAAGUUCUCUGCCCAACAGUUCGCAUGGGUCAUCCUCUUCCCCCUCGUCUGCUCCGGAUGCGCACUCGCAUUCAGUUGUCUGGUGAGUCAGCCUUCGGAUGAGCUGGUCACGAGCAUCUGUGAGUGGUGGAUGCCGAAUGUGGGAGUAGCCCUGGCCAUAGCAUACCUGUCCAUGCAGACCAUGCACGCCGCCAUGGCCCUCAAGAUCCUGAUCCCGUAUGCCUUGUGGGUGUUUGUGUUGAAUGUGGUCUACUACAGUGGGCGGGUGAGUGUGGGCCACUGGUACAAACUGUACAAGAAGGAGAAGCUAACAGAGAGCGAGGAGAUCGACCACCAGAUGAUUCACAGGGCAUCCGUCAGUUUGAGCAAGCGAAGAAGUACUGUGGCUGGAAACAGAACUGGCAACCUGAACUCGCCAACCGCAAAUAUGAAUAUCAACAUGGAAGCUCUGGCCCAGCUUCCAUCCCGAAACAACCGGGGAUGCAGGCCUAAAGAGCCAGAAAGAAUAGUGAUGCCAGAUCUAUCCAAACUGCCCAUAUCGAGACGAAACUCCAGCUCGAGGCGUAACUCCAGUUCAAGUUCUCACUCGAGUAAGCGAUACAUGUCAGAGGAACGACGUAGAUCAUCUUAUGUCAGUCUAGGAAGGGUUCCUAUAUUCGCAGAAGAUGACGAAGACGAUUUGUAAAAUAUAGGAAAACUAUUAAACAUGAGUCUGUUAACAAGAAACAGUGAUUAUUCUUGAUGUUUUGUCUAAUACUCUUUUCAAUGAUUAUGCCUGUAUAAGUAACUAAUAUUUCUUUUCGAUCAAAAAAUUUUGUUUUCA